AUGAAGACAUUAUAUACGACCAUUGACCCAAUACCGUCGCACAUCCCGCGACAACUUGCCAUUGAACUAUUACAGAGCCACGGCGAACUGAUCACGCUUAAUCCUCUCGUCCUCGAAUACCACCCAAUCAAGGCCCCACGAGACGCGCCUGUGGACGAGUUCUACAGUUCGUGGUAUGAGGUAACGGAGCGCGUACAAUUCGUGCCCGGGUUAGGCAAAAUGGGCUCGAGUAAGAUCACUUUCCGUGGCUGUUUUCACGACAUGCCCUGGGGAGUGCAGACGCACAUGUACGUACCCUUUGGAGUCGACCUUAGACAUAAGUAUCAGAUCAAGGGCAACCAACCAGGCGAGCCGCCGGAGCCGAAAGAGCUGGGCAGUAAUGCUCCAUCAGAGGGGUUAUAUUUGCGCACAGAUACUCAGAUCAAAUGUAAUGUGACUAUGCUGUCCUUUGUGAAGAAAGAGUUGAAGGCCGCUUCCAAGACCAUGCUCGACCGCAUGCUCAAAAAGGCAGAAUUGAUUGAUGCAGGAGUUUUGCAGGCCAUGUUCGACGAUUCUGGCAGGUUAAUGACCAGCAAUCCGAAUGAUCGAACACAGCCUCGAGAACCGAGUUCACCAGCAGCUUUCACUCCGAGUGUUUAUGGUCCAAACGGGAUGAAUUUGCGCUCAUCGUCUGGCUCUUUUUCGACACGUCCACAACCCACCUUCCAAGCUCCAGGCAGGCAGGGCUACUACCACGUGCCUCAACGGAACGGAUUCGCAGUGGAGAUGCCAGGUGACACGCAGUACGGCGCACACUUGAGUCCCCCUAACCAAAACAGAUACUCAUCUUUCUCGGAACUCACGUCGCAGUCUUCUGGACAUUCUCCUGGCCCUCAGCAGAGCAGAUGGUCUGGUGUCCAAUCUGACAACCAGAGCAGCGUCGAUGGGUCAGCCUACUCCGGCCCCACGAACUACUCCACACCUGACCCUAUGCGGUCGCCGAGACCGGACUAUGGCUCGAAGAGCUUCACUGCUGAGCUUCCAAAUAACGAAGCACCACCACGGCCACCGAAAGAGGUACACGGAGACAACAAGGAAAACCAGAAUCGACCAUCGCAGACAGGUCACCAAUAUAAUCCUCAGCAUUACGCAGGGGCACGAAUUUCCUGA